AGUGACUUGGAACAUGUCUUUAUAACUGGCUGUGUGAAAAUGAAGAAAAGCUGUCCAUCUUCUGAGAAGCCCACUUCUCCACCAAGGUGCUCAGUUUUAGGAGUGGAGAACAGGGGUCAUGGAAAUACAUUGCUCCCCAGCUCCCCGAGCUUUGCUUUCUCCCAGGAAGCAGCAUGUGCCAGCCUUCUGUCAGAAAACACCACAGAGAUGAAGAAAUGAGAAAUCCAGAAACCCAAGACCUUGUUCUUCUGUCAAACAGACUUGCUCUAGAGCAGAGUUGCAAAAUCAGACCUUUGGGGCUAGUGAGUUUCUCCUCUAACUCCCUGGUAAGCCCUGCCUUGAACCUCAAGCUGCCUGGCUUGGAUCCUGAUGUUGCUUUGUUGACACAAUCCAUUGUCCCAGGGUACACCCAGAGUUCUACUCCAGUCCUGGCAACCCUGCAGCAGAGGCCAACUGUACGGGAAGUCUACAUUGGCUCGGAACAAUUGAGGCUGGGAGAGGCUGGUGAUUUCCUGCUUGGUCAUCUUUUAAAACCCAGCCAUCAGAAUCUGAGAGUUGCUUCUUCAGCAAGGCCUCCCCUGACUCCUUCAGAUGUCUAAGUACCACCUCCACUCUUCUGCUGGGGCAUCUCCACUUGCUUUUAUCACUCAUCUCCCUGAAAUUAUUUGCUUACUCAUCCAUCUAUGUCAGUUGCAAAAGCACGAGUUCCUCUAGUCCAAAGGCCAUUCAUUUUCAAUAUGUUAGAGCUAGGAGCAUCUCCAGUGGUUGUUUCAAACAAGUCAAAUGAGUUCAGUUGAACUUUACAUGCUCUGCCCUCCGACUGUGACUGUUAUUCACUUCCCUCCAAACAAAAUGUAAUAAUAAAAUGACUAACUGA